UCUUUUGUUCCGGAUGUGGAAUAUAUGUUUAUAUACUUCACUAUCUAAUUCUAUGAAGGAAAAUACAAGUUUCAUUCUAUUUUUUAGGUAAUGAUUGAUUAAGAAAAGUUGAUAGACCAAAUCUAAGAUAAACCCUACUUAUCUUUAAAAGUCAAAAGCACAUUUUGUCAAUUAUGAUUGACAGAUACUGAAAUUGAGACUCAUCAACUACAUGCAGCCCUAUAUUACCUUAUUGCCAUUUCCGCCCAUCCUAAUUAAAGGAGAAUGUAAAAGCAAAUUGGAUACUUAAGUUUGUUCCUAAUAUCUCUGUUGUAAGUUUGUGACUUUUAGUUGUCUUGUUUGGUAAUGUUCACUUUAGGAAAAUGGUGACAUAAUCUUGUAUUUGGGAGUGGACAUAAUCAUCUAACAUUUGAAUAAAGUUAUCAAUCAAAACUUUAUUUUCCAUAAUACGGAGUAUAUUCUAGACUGUAUGUCGAUCUUUCCAUUCAUUUGGGAAAAUAUUGAUAUUUCUAUAACUCGUUUACUUCACUAGAAUAAAGUCUAACCAACUUCAACAUAUAAUUGAAUCGGUUUUCUAAAAAUAUGAUGUAAAUAUAAACGUUCUCAUAUAUAUGGAAUACAUCGUAUUCACUAGGGGUGGGACAUCUUAGAACAAAACUACAUCGCAUUCACUAGGGAAGUAUGUCUUUUUCGAUGUGUCAAAUUAACAUUUUGGCCUAUCAGGCGAAGAAAUUGCAUAUAUUAAGUUCUUUUUAAAGAAACACAAAUUUCAAAUUUAUCUCCGAUGAUGUACGCAUCCGUUUAACUCCCAUUAAUUUCUCCAUCUUCCUGCCCUAAACUCCAAAAUUGAUGUCAAUAUUGUUACUCAAAUCUGUCCCCUUGUAAUUAAACCUACAAGAAGUUUGUUACACAUAAGUGAGAAAAAUGAGACUUCAUUUCAUAGAGGUUAAAAUUGCAACUUCACAAGAAAAGUCACUUCAAAUUUCAAAACAAGACAGAAAGCAAAAACUGAUUGGUUUGAACACAACAACACACAGUACCAAUUUGAAGAAACUGCCUCCUUCUUCAAUCAUCAUUUCAUACCCCAAAACACAACAAAGUCUUCUCCCUAAAACCCACAUUUUCUCUCUCUUCACCUCCCAAGAAAAAGAGAAAAACCCAUUUUCUAUGCAGCCAUUUUCUCAAGAAAAAAUGGCCACUUUCCUAAAUCAACAACAACAAUUACAACAAACAAGCCCUUAUUUAGAUUUUAAAGAAGAAUCUCAGAUUGUAAUCCCAAAUUCAAAUUCAAAUUCAAAUUCCAACCAUUUAAUUAGCACUAAUCUUGAUGAAAACAGCCCCAUAAUCAAGAAACAAAACCCUCCAAAGAGAAAAUCAAACAAAGACAGACACAAGAAGGUUGAUGGCAGAGGAAGAAGAAUUAGGAUGCCUGCUCUUUGUGCUGCAAGAAUCUUCCAAUUAACAAGAGAAUUAGGUCAUAAAUCGGAUGGAGAAACGAUACAAUGGCUGUUACAACAAUCAGAAGAAGCAAUUGUGGCUGCUACUGGGACUGGAACUAUGCCAGCAACAUUCUUAUCAGGUUCAGGGUCCUCUGUUUCAGAACAGAGGUGCUCUGUUUCUUCUGGCAUUGUUUCUGGGUUUUCUGGGGGUUUAAGCUUGAUUAAUGGAAAUUUGGGACGAACCCAUUUUCAAACUGGAUCAUGGGGAUAUGGGUCUGGUUCGGUUCAUGAACCGGGUUUUUCGAGCUCGAACUCGAGUCUGAUGAGGGAGAGUUUGGAUUCUAGGCAUAAAAUGGGGGUUCAAGCAAUGGGAAUGUCAAAUUUAAACAUGGGUUUGAUGAAUUUUGGACAACAACAACAACAAUUACAAGAAAGGGAUAAUUUGGAGCUUGGUUUGUCACAAGAAAAUGCUGGUUUUAGUGGUUUGAAUUAUGGAGCAAUUAAUCAAAUGUAUCAACAAUUUAGGCAAAACAGAGAAGAAGCUGGAUUUGGGAUUGAUCAACAAGAGAACUUUUUUGAUGAUGGUGAUUCUCAAAGUUCAAAAUUAAGUGGGAUAUGAAUUAAUUGCAAAGAUCAAAACUUUUUUUUUUUUGGGUGAUAUUUUGAUUAGUGUGAGUUUAUUAUUGAUCAAUGUUAUCAAUUUCAUGGCUUGAAUGUAAGAAACAUGUUUUUUAAUUUUAAACAUUUUGUAGAAA